AUGCGAGAGAAGGCCGCUUGGAUGUACCCUUGGUCGCGACGCAGACACCUCCUGGACUAUGUCCUCGUCUGGAGGCGAGACCAGCGGAACGUGCUGAUGACGAAGGUGGCGGGUGGACCGGCCAUUGCUCGUCAUCUUCGAGAUACAGAUUCGUCUACAGCCUCGCAGAAGACCUCAAGGUCAGCGACCACCAGGUAAGCUGAAUGUUGCUCUGUUGUCUUGUGGUGAGGUACCGGACUAAUUUAACUUUGACAAUUUAGUACCAUUUUCUUUGACCGGAUUGCUUGUUUGAAUGUGACGAGAAACGACGCACCUGUACAACUCCCCUUGCCGGUCCGCAUUCCUGUCGUGCUCUGUUGUCAGGCUACUUAACAUUCAGAAUCUCUAUAUUAUUCACUGCUCAGUUUUACUUGCUGCCUUUAAGGCUAGGGGUUCGUGAAAUAUAACUCGUUAGUUCGUGAAAACAUUACCAUCCUCGUCAGUCUUUGCCUGCUUACCACCUCCAUUUCAGUGAUGAGCUAGCUCAACGGCCAGUCAACAUUCCAGUCGCCGCUGCCGCCGCUGAUGUGACCGCCUCCGUGGAGAAAUGA